AAUGACGUACAUUCUUGUAUUCACUUCACUCGCCCACCCACACGUUGAGUUUUGAUAAGGAAAGUAUUCGUUUGUAUUUAUUCUGGGCACGUUUUGUUACCAUAAUCGCCAGUCCUCGGCUAUGUUGUGGUCGCCGGAGUAUGUGCACAGCAGCGGUUUCUCUGUGCCAAUUGUUUUGUGAAGUUGUGUGAUUGUAGACGGGCGUGAGCUUGCGAGGCACUUGCAUACAUGUUUUGUAAUUAAUUUGCACGCCCACUUCGCGGUCGUCUGUGGUGGUUGCUGUGUAAGUGAUGAUAGUGAGCAGAAGGUAGAAAAAUUGUGGAUUGUUGUUCAAUAUGUCGCUGCAGAAGAGUGUUAAAAGUGCGGGAGGUGAUAGAAGCGAGCAGGGGGACACUACAUCGAUAUGUUCGUCGGUGACGACGCAGCCGGACAGGCACGGCUUCUUCGGAGGUGCUCAGUACAGUCCAGAACCCAAAAGGACUGUUUCGCCGAGCACAAUACUGAAGCGAGAACAGAAAUGGCUGCGCAUGCUCAACAACUGGGAGGCGUUCAUGAGCAAGAACUACAAGAAGGUCAGGGAGAGGUGUCGAAAAGGUAUACCAGCAUCGGUUCGCCCAAAAGCCUGGCUGUACCUCUGUGGUGGGCAACUGUUGCUGGAGAAGCAUCCGAACGAAUACGAAGAGCUGCUGCAGGCGCCUGGAGACCCGAAGUGCAUGGAAGACAUCAGGAAGGACCUGCAUCGACAGUUCCCUUACCAUGAGAUGUUCAUCCGAGAAGAGGGACUUGGACAACAGGAGCUGUUCUCAGUGCUGAAGGCGUAUUCAGUGCUGAACCCCAAGGUGGGGUACUUCCAGGCUCAGGCGCCGGUGGCUGCCUUCCUGCUGAUGCACAUGCCGGCUGUCCAGGCCUUCUGGUGCCUCGUCAGCAUCAGCGAUAAGUACCUUAGCGGGUACUAUAACCCGGGGCUUGAGGUCCUGCAACGCGACGGCGACAUCCUCCACGCCCUCCUCCGCCGCACGGCGCCGGCAGUGCACCGCCACCUGGUGAAGCACAAGGUGGAACCCGUCCUGUACGCCACGGAGUGGUUCCUCUGUGCCCUCACCCGCACGCUGCCCUGGGACAGUCUGCUAAGGGUCUGGGACUGUUUCCUCUGUGAAGGAGUUAAGGUACUAUUCAAAGCAGCGCUAGUGAUCCUAGCAGGAGCCCUAGGUCCGGCGAAGGUGCGCAAACGAGCGUGCGGUCUGUGCGAGACCCUGGAAGUGCUGCGUCACCCUCCCGAAGGUAUACUGGGGGAGGACUACCUCAUGUACCAUAUGCAGCGACUCAACCUCACCGAGGAAGACUUUGAGUUCGAGCACCAGCGUCAAACCGCCAGGCGGCGUGCCAUGCCUAACAGAAGUGGCAGCUGAUUCAGCGACUGUUCCUAUAAGCGCUAUUCAAAGAAUAACGCGAGGGAUCUGUUCAAUACUCUGUAAGAUGAGUGCAUGGACCAUGUGACAAUAAGACAGUAAGGUACGCCCGCGGCCGUACCAGUGCUUUGUGAUAGUGAGCGUAACGCACGACCAACUGACGACUGAGUGCAUUAAGUCCGAUAGAAUAAGCGACUUCGACUCGUCUUGUAACAUAAUAUAACCUAAAAAUAAAAAUAGUUCUCGAUUCAAUGUACAGAUGUCGCUACGGUCUGAGCUUUGUAUGUGCGAAGUGUCAACCAUAAUAAAUGAAAGCUCAUUGGUCGAUUCUGCGCCGUGAACAACGGUUUCGCAUUUCAAAUUUGAAAUGCAGCUAACUUCACUCCGGUGCUAUUUUUUUUUUGUAUUUGUCAUGCAAAGCUCAAAUCUUAGUGAAUAGUGAAAUGGUAAUUUUUAAAUGUUUAUUUUCAUUGUGAAAGUGAAAGGUUUUCAUUUGAUUCCUUCAUGAAAACUGUUACUUGUAAAAAUGUGUGUCUUGUUAGUUGUAAACGUUGACUUGAAGUAGAUUUUGAUUCUAGGUAUUUUGUAAAGAAUAUGCUAGGUAUUUAGUCUUUGAUGGAGUUGCAAUACGGCUGCGUCUAAAUAAAAAACGAUUUUAAAUUAAAUAUACAUUUUUCGCUCAAAUGAUUCCUCUGACUCAUCCAAUCUACUUGCUGACCUCCUCCCCCUCACCGAAUGACCCCGUUAUACCCUACAGGGAGUACCUAUGAGUGGUCCUUAAAGCAUUAUAGAAAACUGUUGAAGGCAAAUCCUCCGCUAAGCGUCGGUCACCUCUGAGUUUGUUUCGGCAUUUCUUCUCAGAUUAGUCGGAUAGGAAAUGCCGGUCUCAUCUAGUUAUUUAAGAGAUUGACGUGUAAAAGAGUUACAUUGUAACCUAUUUGCAAAAAUAAAUAUCAUUUAUUAUUUAUCAGUGGCGAUUAAUGUAUUAAAAACAAAUGAUCCCCUUUUCACUAAGCCCCUUAAAAGGUAAAUUUCUAGUUAUUUAGCUUCCUUACAGUAUUUUAAAUCUGCCUCAAGUUUGAAGUUUCAAUAUAAUAUUGUUUAGAUAAGCUAAUAUAAACCUAACUGUAAUAUAAAUAUGGUUUUGUUUGAGACUUGGGGUUGAGUUCAAAAUACAGAUACAUUGAAAGACAUGAAAUAUUUGAUAAAAUGGGGAAAUUAUUUUAAUUCUUAAUUCUAAUUUGUUAAUUUAAACAAGGAUUCAGUCUAGAGAAGAUUACAUUUCACAUGCUUUGUUAAAAAAAACCUCAAAUGACUUCUUGGACCCCCCUUGGAUGAGGUGAGAUGGAGUGUCAGACUCUUACUAACUAAAAACCACCCCGUUCCUACUCCUGCUUCGAGCAAGAGCAAGAAACAUGCUGCCCCUUCGAGAAAUGAAGUUUUAUUCCCAAUCAAAAGUAAAAACAUAUUCGAAUAAAAAAAAACUCCAGUCAUUAAAAAAAUAUAUUCUAAUAGUAGAGAGAUUGUAGAAUAAGGUGAGACUGUAAUGUAAAUACAAUUGUAAAAUAUACGAAAUUAAUCCAUAAUACAUUGUGAUAAGGUUCGUUAUUAAAUAUUAAAAUUACAUAUCUAAUGAUAAAAUUAAAGUGUAUAUUAAAACAAGUGUUGAUUGGCUAUUUAUAUCGCAACGCAGUAGACAAUUUUCCAUUCCAUUUUUUAAGUGUAUGUAUGAAGAAAAAUUUAAAUUAAUCUUGUAGAUACAUUUUCUUAAAAAAACCGAAGAAUUUUUAUUCAAAAAUCUUCAUCAUAGUAGUUGUUAAAAUGUGUAGUGACGUAAAUCGUUAUUUUCCCGUUGUGACAUGUGUCAAUGUCAAAUUAAAACGACUAUGCGUUUGCCGUAUUGCCUUUUGCGAAUUGGGACAAUUUGGACGCGAAUAAUUAAAAUUUUAGAGCUAAGUUACUGAAUGCUUAUAUUUUCUUUUUAUAAUAAAGUAUGUGAAUGCGUUCAUAAAGCGAUACUUUUGAAUUUAUUGUAAUAAAGUUGAGUGUUAUGACUUAGGAGAAUUCUUAACAUCUGUUUUACAAUGUUUAAUUAAGUUCCUGUUAAAAUAACUGACAGAUUAUAUAAUUUAACGUGUUUCUAUUGAAAAGCGCCUGUUUCACUACCUUCAUAUAUUGCAAUGCAGUAGAUCUUCAUAUAUCCGAUAAAGUUAUGUGGCAUUUCGAAACGAGAGCGCAUUCGGCGCUCUGAUGGGUUAGUUUAUCCGGCCAAUAAGAGCGCCGAACGCGCUCUUGUUUCGAUUACUUUAAACGUAAAGCAAACUCGUACUAAAGGUACAGUUAUUGGGAAACAGGCUCUAAAUACGUAUCAGUUAAGUUUAACAGCAACUUAAUCAGACAUUUUAAAACAGGUCCUAAGUCAAAAUAAUGUUUCCCUCUGGAAGAAACUGGUAUCUUAGUCAUUAAAUAAGAUAUUUCUAUAGUCCUAUACUUGAGUCUGAUUGUCCCAUAUUAAUUUAUUUUUCUGUAAAUCUAUUAUUAUAACAUUCCCAUAUAGUCUUCCUCUUCAUCCCAUGUACAGACCAGCAGGUUAAGAUACUCCAAUCUAUAAAUACUUCCAUUGGAUUAUAAACCUUAUGGUUUUGGUGUUAAGUCCAAAUUUAAAAUUUGGUAGAUUGGAGUAGGUUGUCCUACUGUCGACUGUAAAAGAACGACCACACAAAGAGAUCUGUAUUUUUUUAACAUUUUCAAACAAUAUUAUUAUUAUAUUAAAUGAAAACUCAUAUUUUACUACUCUUUCUGUUUUUAGUAUCAUAUUUACUUAUAAAAAAGGUUCUAUGUAGAAGCUAUUUUUUUAAAGGCAUUGACAUAAUUUGCUCUGACAACACUGAAGUCGAUUUUUAAAAUUGUCAAAAAAUCUUCGCGCCAAAGUGAGCGCCAUUUUUUAAUAAUUUUAAAAUUGAUAUUAGUUGGUUACUAGCAAAUGUUGUCUUUGCCAAAACUAUCUUAUUCACUCGCAACAAAAUACCUGUACUCUCUUAUGAAACGAAAACUUAUAAUCAGAUUAUUUUUACUAAACUCUAAUUACAUUUUCGCGGCAAGCAGUUACUUUGUACUAGAAAAAAGCAAUAAUAAAACGGUAGUUACCAAUUAGUCAAAUUCGAUACAUUUUUCUACGAAAAGUCAAAAUUGUUAAUUUAAUUUACUUUUCUAUGUGAUGUCAUAAUAUAAUGAGUCAAAUAGCAAACUUAUUUCUUAAAAAUAUAUCGAAAAACAUGAUAUCUUUCAAUGAAAGUGUAAUUUAUUAAGUAAUUUGUUUUAGACUAACCGACGUACUCACAGUCAUUUAAUGGUUACUUAAAGUCCUUAGCAAUUGUUUUCGAUACAAAAUCAUUACUAAGGAAUAGUUGAAGUAAUAAUUCAAUGUCUUUGAGUGAGUUAAUCUGGAAACUACCUAUAACAAAAUUUGAAAAUUUGACAACUCGAAACGUCAAGUAACCGCAUAGAUACUAUUUAAAAUAGAUUCUAUUUUUUCUUUUAGUUAAAACAUGACUGCCUGUUACCACUAUGAAGUAAUAAUAAGUAAACAAAUAUCGAAUCUAGGCUAUGAUUUAGUACUAAGUUUGCGCACAUGCGUCUAAAUGGUGCAUAAUGAUUUUUCCUUUCUUUAUUUAAUUUAUAUUUUCGAUGGCUUUAGCCCGAAUACUGAAACGCUUCUCAAUUUUAAGUUGUACCUAAAUAUCGUGCUAUCUCUGUCAUUUACAAGGAAUUUGUAGAGACAGAACUAUUCUUGAGAGCGUCUUAAAAUUGAGUGACGUUUGAGUAUUUGACCAUUAGUAAUGUGUUGCGUUUCUGUUUCCCUUAGUACGAGUUUGCUUUACGUUUAACGAAAAUGUUUAUGAUUGGCCGGCUCCAAUGAACUUACCAAUCACAGCGCCAACGCGCUGUCGGUUCAAUCUCGUUGAACAUAACGCAAACUCGUACUAAGGCCCCUGGAUAUCAAAAUUGAUACGUAGAGAUGUCAGGGUAUGAGAAUUAAACAUCUAUUUAGUCCAGUAGAUAAUUAAAAAAUAUUACACAUGUAUCUCGUCGUAUAAGAAAACAAUACUAAUAUGAUGCAAAUUAAUUAAAGUUAUAAAAAAUUGUUAGAAGUGACGUCAUGCGAUAUUUGAAAUUAAUAUAUCGUCGAAAGAUUUUUAGUUAGAAAUAAUUGGUGGAAAAUUAACUAUUGACUUCUCCCGCCUUGGUUGAGGCGAGAGGGAGUGUCAGACCCUUAUUGACUGAAUAACACCACGUUCCUACUCCUGCUUUGAGCCGGUGCCCCGGUAACCUGUUACAUUAUCCUCAUCUCCAGAAAAAAUAUGUGGCUAAUGUUUUAAACUAAUCUAUCAAACGGGAGUAAAAAAUUUUUUAUUGUCAACCCUAUUGUUACAAUAAAUUAACACACAAAAUUGAGUAAUUGAAAAUGGUGCAAUGGAAUCUACUAAAAGACAUUUCUCUCAUAUCAAUUAUGAUAUCCUUUAAUUUAUUUAUGAAUAUUAACUAAUGGUUGCUAAGCCGCGGUUACAAGUAUUGAGUAGUAUUAUAGUCAAGAGUUUGAAUGAAAGUAAAUGAUUAUGUAAAUUAUAAUAUUAUGAUUGAAGUAUUGUCUUAUGAUUUAAUUCGAGCUUUUGAUUUUCAUGUGCAAUGUGUAAUGUAUACUUUCAAGACUUUUUCACAAGACUUUUUUAUAUUCUGUGCUUCGUAUAAUAUUAUUGAAUAAUAUUGACGUUUUAAGCCUAAGUGAUCUAAGCGAUGUUUAUUUUUUGCGAAAUUCCAUCACCCCUUAUUACAGGUGACUUAUAACACAAAUGGUGAAAGGUGGGUGUAGAUUAUAUAGCGGCAUUACUCGCCGUAAUGUGAACCACUGCCUACUCCUUCGGGGAUAAAAAGGAGUAACGUAGUAGUAGUUGCAUUAAAUACAUCAUUCGACGAAGAAAAAAAUCGCUGUUUAUGAAUAUGUAUAUAACUCAAUACCGCAAAAUAUGUUGCUUAGAUCACAUGGGUCUCAUAACAUAAAUGGGGAAAAGUGGAUGCAACAUUGUAUAAUUAUGUGAAUAUAAUGUGUCCUUUGGAGAUGAGAUGAAGACGUAACUUCUUUUUAAUAUUUCUUGAGAGUAUACCGAACUUGUACAAUAAUAAUUUAAUAAUAAUCUAUUCAGAAUAUAAAUGUAUAAAGUGAUUGAAAUACUUUGAGUGUCGUGCGUGUGUGUCUAUUCGUUCUUUUUGUUUAUUUUUCAAUUGAAAUUUUUAUCCAUCGUUAUUUGCAUAGUUCGUAACUAUUAUUAUUUUAUUUGUUGUUAUUGCUAGUUUCCACUUUGUUUAGAUAUAUUUAGAUUGUAUCAUAGUAAUCGUGGAUUUACCUGCUUAUGGAAAUAUUAGCGAGACUACACUGCCAAGAAGACUACUUACCUGAUUGUGUACACAGACAAAUUAUUUGAUAUGUAGGUGAAAAUAAAGAUUUCUCCAGUACAGAGAGAGAAACCAUAGGUUGGUUAAUGAAACAGUACCUCUACCAUGAGUUUGAAACAUACAAUUUAGUGUAACAAUAGCUAUUGUCUCUGUACUGGAUCGAUCUAUUUUCUUACCUAUAUACUAAAUAAAUUGACUGAUUGUAUUAAUAUGUUUUCUGUUUUGAUUACUGCAUAAUAUGGCCAUCAGAUCAUUAAGAUGGUUGGGGACAAAUUAGCAGAAUUUUCAUGUAAAAAUUUGCUCCUAAUUUAGUCAAGAAUCUAUAAAAAUCCUCAAAGAAAAGUUAGACUAAUUUAGCACACGAUUUUCUCGAAUUUUCCAUAUGUGUGCCAAAGUAGUCUCGCCUAUGUCGCACAGCACAAAUGUAUGAAACCAGAUUUUAAGAUAUGCGGCCGUAACUGAUAACCAAUCUUAAUACAAUAGAAAUAAUGUCCAAAGUCCUCAAUCUUUGUGUUUCGUCAUGGAAAUAGACCUAAUAGGAGACGUGAGGUAUGGUGCCCAAAAGACUGGCAGCAUUGCCACGUUGAAUGGCAAGUCAUGUGAAUGAGGUUAAGGGAGAUCUUAGCUCCCCAUCUCAAAUCGGCUGGCAACACUUUUGCUACUUCUCUGGUGUUGUCCGGUGCCGAUUGCUUACCAUCAAGCGAUCCGUCUGUUUGCUCGCCCUUUUAAAAAGAAAUGUAAAGAUUUUGUAUUAAGAUUGGUUAUAAGUUUCGGCCGUAGUGUGUUCAUUCACAAAUGUUCCAUGUUCCAUCACAUUCCCAGCAGCCUGUAGUCGUGUAAUGAUAAACCCUUGUCGCGAGUAUUUUUGUACAGCCCGAGGUUUCAUAUCGCUGCAAUAUUUAAUGUAAAUAAAUAUUUAAUAUAAAAUA